AUGCCACUUGUGCUCAAGAACUCCUUUUUGUUUGUUGUUAGUGUUUCCGAAUAUUAUACAUGUCAAAUUGGUCUCCGGUUUCAGGGUCUUGUGCACAGAGUAACAAAUCGAUGUGGAGAUGCAUGCCCUUGCAUCCUUGAGAAACAGAGGAAGAUUGUCAAGGAGGAAGAGGAAUUAUGUUGUUUAUGGACAUGUCAAGUGAAGAUUCUAGAGAUUUCAGAGUAUGGAGGUUCUUUUCAAGAGCUGGAUCAGAUGAGACAUUUCUUGGGAAAGUUGGAAUGUCUUGAAACUGUGAAAGUUAGUGUUGUGGACGCAGACAACAACAGCAAGCUCUUGCGAACUAAUCUGCUGUCUCUCCCCAGACUUUCAUCAGAAUGCAACAUACAAUUCAUCUGACAUUUUGUUUUUUACAUGUUAACACAGUAACUUAACAUGAAUGAAUAUGAGAUUAUUAUAUCAGUAAAGUUGGUUACAAUCUC